AUGGCGAACCAUCACAUGUCACAUGACAAAACAUCACAUGACAAACCAUUACAUGACAAACCAUCGCAUGACACACGAUCACAUGACAUACCAUCACAUGACAUACCAUCCCAUGACAUACCAUCAUAUGCCAUACAGUCACAUGACAAAACAUCACAUGACAAACCAUUCCAUGACAAACCAUCACAUGAAACACCAUCACAUGACAUACCAUCCCAUGACAUACCAUCAUAUGCAAUACAGUCACAUGACAAAACAUCACAUGACAAACCAUUACAUGACAAACCAUCACAUGACACACGAUCACAUGACAUACAAUCACAUGGCAUACAGUCAAAUGACACACCAUCACAUGACAAACCGUUACAUAACAAACAAUCACAUGACACACCAUCACAUGACAUACCAUCCUAUGACAUACCAUCACAUGCCAUACAGUCACAUGACACACCAUCACAUGACAAACCAUUACAUGACAAAGCAUCACAUGACACACCAUCACAUGACAUACCAUCACAUGCAAUACCAUCACAUGACAUACCAUCACAUGACAUACCAUCCCAUGACAUACCAUCACAUGCCAUACAGUCACAUGACACACCAUCACAUGACAAACCAUUACAUGACAAAUCAUCACAUGACAAACCAUCACAUGACACACCAUCAUAUGACAUACCAUCACACGGCAUACCAUCACAUGACAUACCAUCACAUGCCAUACAGUAA